GACCGAUUUUCUGAUCGCCUGGACUAUCGACCCGGCCCCCUAACUUGUAAUCACUACCAACUCUUUCAGAUUCACUCUUAUCGUCGUUUCAGUCUCGUUACACAUCCAUUACACCCAGCUUCGGAUCCAGAGAAAAAAGACCAUGGCAGAUGUUCGUUCAUUACUCCGCAAUGAGCUCGCCACCCGCAAGGGCUCCUCCCAGACAGGGAGCACGGGUAACCGUGUAACCAAGAAGCGAAAGGUAGAUCCCGCAGACGACCUGGUGCGCAAAAGGAUCAGGCCUGCCGGCGCGGAACCGAGUUCAUCGACCGGAUAUACAGUACAGCCACCGAGCGCGCGAGCGAUCGAAGAGGAAGAGGAGGAGGUCGAGCUCGAACGAACGGACGAGGACGUCGCCGGACCGGAAGCCCCCUUAGAUGCUACUAUCGAGCCCGAGCCCUCCGAACACACCGCUCAACCUCUCGAAACAUCCGCCGCGCCUGUCCCAGAACCCACCACAGCCCCUCCUCAGACUAUCGAUGAGGAUGAGUGGGCAGCCUUCGAGCGCGAGGUGGUGGCACCGACUCGCAUGCCACACCGGCCCGCCGCCGUGGCAGCGGAGGCAACCAUCUCGGCGGCGCCUAUGACCGCGGAAGAGAUUGCGGCACAGCAACAGCGCGAGUCCCAGACGUUAAGCAAGAAUCGCGAGGCAGAGGCGGAGGGCGAGCGGGAAGAUGCGGCGCGCUUCAUGGAAGCCGAGUUCGAUGAAAUGGAACAGCUAGAGGAGCGCCUCAGGCGUCUCAAGCAGAAAAGGGAAGAGCUGCGCCAACUUAGAACAAUCGAGGAUGUUGCGGUACGGGAUAUGGAUAAGUCUCCACCCGCUACCGCUGCACCGGAGGAUGAACCAGGCCAGGCUGAACAUAUCACGGAAAACGAAGACGAACAGGCUGACGACGACGAUGACGACGAUGACGACGAUGAUGAUUGGGACAACUGGAGGUUCCGGUAAUUAUUGGGGUCAAGGUUCAGGCGUGGGACACUAAAACAGGCGUCAUUUCACAAGAGGGAGGCCAAGAACUUUUCUAAAAACUUACAAUGAUACCCCAUGAGCUAUGCGUGAUC